AUGGAAAAUAUUGUGUUUGUUGUUCUGUUCAUACUGUCGUUGAUACUCGGGGGUUUCGGAAGUGAAGAAAUAAAAAAAGAAAUAUCCGACGAAGGAUACGUGAUUUCUUCGACCGCGGAAAGUCUUCCAGGCUUGACAGCCUCCUCCGAGACCCUCGAGUGUCCAUCGAAAAAUGCUUUCCGCGUUAAAUACAAGUGUUCGAAUGCGGAGGGCAAGUGGGUUGAUUGCACGAGGGCGCACUGCUGUCCAGGAUUCAAUUUAAUCGGCGGCAAGUGUAUUGCCAAGGACAUUGAUCCCUGCACUCUUAAUCUGUGCGAACAGCGCUGUGACGUCAUUCUCCGAAGGGUCGUGUGCACUUGUUGGAAUGGAUAUCGAUUCAAUCCAGAGCGUCAGAAGAAAGGGGAAAAGCCAACGUGUGUUGACAUCGAUGAAUGCGCGGAAGGGACUCACGACUGCGAACAAAUUUGUGUGAACACACCAGGCGAUUUUAUCUGUAAAUGUAGAGAGGGCUUUUCUCUUCACGAAGACAACAGGACUUGUGGAAAAUUUGGGACUACAAGUAAUAAAGGACAAGCAGAACAACUUGACAAUUGUUUACCCAGUUGUGGAACUGUUUCUCUACUGCAACAACAGGUGAAGAAACUUCAGGAGAAAAUAUCGGCCCUAGAGACUGCUGUGAAACUUUCGAUGUACUCAUCACCCGGGACAGAGGCACGUGCAAGUGCCUCCAGUACCACCAGCGACGAGAUCCACACGGCCUCAGCUGCUUUUGCAGAUAAUGUGGGGGAUAAAACUUACUCGGUUCUGGAUAGUUUUGUGCAGAGUGGCGGGGCCUUCUGCAAAUGUCAGCGUGGACCUAUUGGACCUUCAGGACCUGUCGGAGUCACCGGACAGAAGGGUGAACCCGGUGAUAAGGGUCAGAGGGGCCAGAAAGGGAGUGCAGGAAAUUUCGACUUCUUCCUUCUACUAUUAGCCGAUGUUCGGCAUGAUAUCGUUCUUCUCCAAGAACGAGUUUUUCCAGGUGAAACUAAAUAGGACUCUCCCGGGUAACCUGUUACCCUGAGCUGGUGCAACUGGG